CGUCCACGCGCCUAUCUCACUCUCUCCGAUGGCCCUCACUGUCCCCUCACCGCCAUCACCACAACUCUCUCCUCUUUCUCUCCGACCUUCAGCCUCCAAUUCCCUCCAAUUUACACUCGGGGCCGCCCCUCCCCGCGCUCUCCUCCGCUGUUCCCGCCCAAACCGCGCCAGCCUCUCCUCCGCCGUCGACUCUCCGCCGCAUACUUCCGGGAGUCAACCCGAGAAGAAGCUCAUCCUCCAAGUCAAGGACCUCACCGCCGUGAUUGCCGAAUCCAAGCAGCAGAUUCUCAAGGGCGUCAACCUCACCGUCUACGAAGGUGAGGUUCACGCCGUCAUGGGCAAGAACGGCUCCGGCAAAAGCACUUUCGCCAAGGUUCUGGUGGGGCAUCCGGACUACGAGGUCACCGGAGGUAGUGUGGUGUUUAAAGGGCAGGACUUGCUGGAGAUGGAAGCCGACGAGAGGUCUUUGGCCGGACUUUUUAUGAGCUUUCAGUCGCCGGUUGAAAUCCCAGGUGUGAGCAAUAUCAAUUUUCUUCGCAUGGCAUACAAUGCCAAGAGAGCGAAGCUUGGACUGCCUGAGCUUGGAGUGUUUGAGUUUUAUGCUUAUUUGUAUCCCAAACUUGAACUUGUCAACAUGAAGACGGAUUUUCUUGAUAGGAAUGUCAAUGAGGGCUUUAGCGGUGGUGAAAAGAAGCGCAACGAGAUUUUACAACUGGCGGUUUUGGGGGCAGAACUGGCUUUAUUGGAUGAGAUUGAUUCUGGCUUGGAUGUUGAUGCAUUCCAAGAUGUAGCAAAGGCAGUGAAUGGGCUUUUGACUCCAACAAAUUCUGUGUUGCUGAUUACUCAUUAUAUACGACUUCUACAACUUAUAAAGCCAACACGCAUCCACAUUAUGGAGAAUGGGAAGAUUGUGAAGACAGGUGACAUCUCUUUAGCAGAGGCACUAGAGAAGGAUGGAUACGAAGCAAUUGCUUAAGGUUGGAAAAACCAGCUACUUGGGCAUGGUUCAUUAUGUGUGAACAACUUUAAAUAUUACAUGUUAAACAUAUCUCCUUAGUUGAACACUGUGAAUCUGUAAGGAUGUGAAUCUGUGAGGAAGGAUAUAGUUGCUAAGAAUCCAAUAGGCAAGGUCUUAUGACUACAGAGAGGGCAACCAUAGCAAUCCCAUUUAGUACUUUAAGUUUCCAUCUUUACUAGGUUUUUUGUUUUUCGUCUAUCUUAGAAGUAGUACUUAAGGUUAUCUAUGGCUAAUAAAUAGACAGUAGGGACAGAGGAAUUGUAUUUUCCUCAUUUUCCAUGGUAUAUAAGAUUUGAGUAGCUUUUCUACUACAAAAAGAAAA